AUGGAGCGGGAGUCCGGACUACUCUCUUGGACGCUGAGCAGAUUCCUGUGGCUCUCGGGCCUCUCUGAGCGGGAAGCUGCCCGGCAGCCCCGGAUCAUGGAAGAGAAAGCGCUAGAAGUUUAUGAUUUGAUUCGAACCAUCCGGGGUCCAGAGAAGCCCAACACUUUAGAAGAACUGGAAGUGGUAACGGAAAGUUGUGUGGAGGUUCAGGAGAUUAAUGAAGACGACUGUUUGGUUAUUAUAAGGUUCACACCAACGGUACCUCAUUGCUCUUUGGCGACUCUUAUUGGGCUGUGCUUAAGAGUAAAACUUCAGCGGUGUUUACCGGUUAAACAUAAGUUGGAAAUCUACAUUUCUGAAGGAACCCACUCAACAGAGGAAGAUAUCAACAAGCAGAUAAAUGACAAAGAGCGAGUGGCGGCUGCCAUGGAGAACCCCAACUUACGGGAAAUCGUGGAACAGUGUGUCCUGGAACCUGACUGAUAGCUGUUUUAGAGCCACUGAAGUAUAAUCGUUUGAUAUAUUUGUUUAAAGUCUUUGUAAAAUGUAAAAGAUUCAUGUUUAAUACAUAGGUGAUUUGUACC